AUGUCUAUUGCUGCAGGCCAAGGCCAAGGAGGCAAAGAAAAGAAGGAUGGUGACGACAAGAAAAAGAAACACGAGGCGCUGGCCCCUCCAUCUCACUUUGGCAGAAAGAAGAGAAAGAUGAAAGGCGCACAGGUUGCCAGUAAGCUUCCAUCUGUGGUGCCAACAUCAAAGUGUCGUCUUCGCUUGCUGAAGCAUGAUCGUGUCAAGGACUACCUCAUGAUGGAAGAAGAAUUCAUUCAGGAGCAACAACGGCUGAAGCCCAAAGAGGACAAGGAGUCAGACGAAAAGUCAAAGUUAGAUGACAUUCGCGGUACUCCGAUGGAUGUCGGAUCGCUUGAAGAAUUCAUCGACGAGAACCACUGCAUCGUGUCUACCGCCAUGGGACCUGAGUAUUAUGUGAACAUUUUGUCCUUUGUCGACAAGGAUCAGUUGGAGCCUGGCUCCUCCAUUCUCAUGCACCACAAAAAUCUUAGUGUGAUUGGUUUGCUGGUAGACGAAGUGAACCCUCUUGUGAGCGUGAUGAAGGUUGACAAGGCCCCAACUGAAUCCUAUGCAGACAUUGGAGGUCUUGAAGAUCAGAUCAUGGAGAUGAAGGAGGCUGUGGAAUUGCCUUUGACUCAUCCGGAACUGUACGAGGAUGUUGGCAUUAAGCCACCCAAGGGUGUCAUCCUGUAUGGAGUGCCUGGCACUGGAAAAACUCUCCUGGCUAAGGCCGUCGCAAGUGAGACUUCUGCAACCUUUCUCCGAGUUGUCGGAAGUGAAUUGAUCCAAAAAUAUCUGGGAGAAGGGCCCAAGCUGGUGCGAGAAAUGUUCCGAGUCGCACAAGAACACGCUCCAUCCAUCAUUUUCAUCGAUGAGAUCGAUGCAGUUGCCACAAAGAGGUAUGACACAACCAGUGGUGGCGAGAAAGAGAUUCAGCGUACAAUGUGA